AUGGCCCCCAACAUGAACUCAGUGCUUGUCGUGUUGGCCAUCGCAAGCCUUGUUUCAGUGGCAUCUGCCAUUUCUGGAACUGCCACAUUUUACACCAAAUUAACUCCUUCUGCGUGCUUUGAGGGCCGAAACGAGGGCACGAUGGUGGCAGCGGCGAGCAAGUCGAUCUGGGAGAAUGGAGCUGCAUGUGGAAGAAGGUACAGAGUCCGAUGCACCGGCGGUACCACCGGCGGUGUGGCUCACCCUUGCCGGGGUGGAAGCGUUACCGUCAAGAUUGUGGAUCUCUGCUUAGACUGCCAAGGAACCAUCGAUCUCUCUCGUCAAGCUUUCUCUCACAUCGCUAACCCUGUCGAAGGAAAAAUCCGCAUUGACUUCACCCAGUAA